AUGCCCCCUCGUAGAAUUCAACCACGACGAGGCCAAACUCUUGACGAAAACCUGGGCCCAAACCAGCAAUUACAACAAGAAUCUUGUAGCACUCCAAAUACCGAAGACGAAGAGAUGGAAUCCAAUCAACCCGACCCUCUUGCUUCCCCACCUCCCGGUCUAUCUAGACAAGACAUUAUGAUGAAUAGUAUUCGGGAAAUGCUGGAACCAAGAACGCGCAGCAGAAGCCGCCAUCGCACACGAGUGACAGUUGGACGAGCCACGGAGUCGAACCCAUCGGAACCACAUCUACAGCAAAGAGACGCCUCCGAAAAUCCUGCAGGAAUUUUUCCUUCUGUUGAGAUACGUGAUGGCUCCGUAGCCUCCCUAGCUAGCAAAACUAGGUUGAGUGCUAGGGUGAAAGACCCGGAAACCUUGGAUGACGGAGUUAACCCCUCAUUCGAAGUAUGGACAUUGCUUGUUGAAGGUUAA